AUGACUAUGGUAUCCAAAAUUUGGGAAGGGUUUCAACGAAAAAAGCGAGAAUGGAUUUUCCCUGCCUCAAAACUCAUCGAAAAUGUUGACUACACAAAACAUGAGUUCAUAGCCAAAAUAAAUUCUGAUAGGCAUACAGAAGACAGGCCAGUGGAGUACUUUUUGAAAGGACCUGGUGCAGACCAGAAGCCGUAUAACCUCUUUGUUGUUGACCCCAAAACCGGCUUUGUAAGAAUCACUGACAUUCUGGACAGAGAGCAUAUAGCACAAUACAAUCUAAGAGGAAUCGCAAAGUACACAGAUGGCACAUAUGCAGAGGAAGAAGUGCCACUAAGAAUACUGGUUGAAGAUCAGAAUGACAACCAGCCAAAGUUCAAGUUUUUCGAAGGGUCUGUGAAUGAAUCAAGCAAAAUAGGAACUCCUGUCAUGCAGAUAAGUGCAGAAGACGCAGAUGAGCACGGCACCAUCAAUUCAAAAAUUGCAUACAGUAUAGUGAAGCAAACCCCAGAGGGGUCUGGCUCCAUGUUCUCCAUUGAUAGAGGCACUGGGAAGAUCUAUGUUAGACGGCACACCCUGGAUAGAGAGACCCAUGAUGCCUACACUUUAGUAGUGCAGGGUGUGGAUAUGGACGGAGCUGCAAACGGCUACACAGGAACUGGAACAGUGCAGAUUCAGAUCUUGGAUAUCAAUGACAAUGUUCCUACUCUCGAAAAAGAAGAGUUUGCAGGCACUAUUGAGGAAGGCAUUGCUGGUAUGGUUGUUAUGAAAAUCAAAGCCCUGGAUAAAGACUUGGAAAACACUGAUAACUGGCUUGCUCACUUUGUAAUCACUAAGGGUAACGAAGAUGGGCUAUUUAGUAUAGAAACUGACCCUAAAACCAAUGAAGGCAUUCUAAAACUCAUCAAGGCUGUGGAUUAUGAAAACAUCAAAGAGCUGAACCUGGAUGUGGCUGUUUCAAACGCAGCACCUUUCAUCGGUGGAAAAGGAAUAGGAGCAGGAGCGAAACCUGGCAACCCAUCAGGAGAGACAAGCGUCCCAAUUAAAAUCACUGUAAACAAAUUAUCCAAAGGCCUAAUGUUUUCAGAUCUUGUGCUGCCUGUGUUGGAGGACCCAAAGAAAAGUAAUCUUCCCAAGAUCAUAGGUUCCUUUCCUGCUGUGGAUCUGGAUACUGGAAAAAUUGCUCAAAAUAUCAGAUAUGUGAAAGCAUAUGAUCCAGGUAACUGGCUAGCCAUUGAUGAGAAGACUUCUAAAGUUAAACUUGUGAAGAUUCCAGAUCGAGAAUCAGAGUUUGUGGUCAAUGGAAUCUACAUAGCAAAGAUAAUCUGCAUGAUUGAAGAUUUGCCAUUCAAGACAGCUACUGGAACAAUAGCUUUAAAAGUUGAAGAUUCAAAUGACCACUGUCCCAAACUGACAAGCACCUAUGAGAAUGUAUGUUCUGACACUAAUGUUAUAAAUAUCACCGUAUUCGAUGAGGACAUUUAUCCCAAUCAAGAGCCUUACAAAUUUGUUCUGAUAAAGGAAGAGACUCGAGGAGAAUGGGAGAUGGUUCCUGUAAAUGGAACAACAGUGAGCUUCCCCUCCAAGGAGACGCUGUGGGCAGGUUUAUACAAGCUGACUGUGGAGAUCUCUGACAUGUAGGGUCUAGGCUGUGAAGAGAGACAGAAGCUUCAGAUGAAGGUAUGCACCUGUCAGGAAGGUGACGUGUCUGAAGCGUGCAAGGAAAACCGACAUUACGUGUUUUCGGUCAAAAAGGCAAGCUAUGCAGCUUGGGAUCCUCCUCAGGAGGACAGUCUGCUGAUCUUCAACUAUGAAGGUCAAGGCUCAACUGCUGGUUCAGUGGGUUGCUCCAGCCUCGAGUCAGACAAUGACCUAGAGUUCCUCAAUUAUUUGGGGCCAAGAUUUAUGACUUUAGCAGAGAUUUGCAGUCCUGCAAAGGCAAGUCCAUCACCUACCAAUGAUGAACACAUUGUCAAGUUAGUGGAUAUGAGCAUCAAAAGCAUUAUCACCGGUAAUACAUUUCAGCCUCCAAAAUAUCUAAGACCUCCACCACAGCAGAGUACAGCUAUUACCAAUAUAAUCAAUAAUUCAGUCAUUACUGAAACUAACAACAAAUCAGAUGCUCUUCCCAUGAAUACUAGUCAAACACUGCUCGUACAGCAGCAACCUCUGUACUAUUUGGUGGAACAUCAGGUACCAAACACUGUGAUUCUUGCUGAGAGACCUGCACAGGGUAUGUACCUAAUCAAUGGCCCCACAGGUGUUGAGGGUCUAAUCUUCCAGAAUGAUAAUAUAGCACAGGGCACUCUAGAACAACAGGGAAUGAUUGAUGGAGCAUCUAUAAUGCAGGGAGGUAUUGUGUUGGAUGGCGGUCCGAGUCCAACCAGUCCAGGAAGCUUAACUACACCUACCAUAGUAGUUAAGAGACAGCAAGGCAGACAGAAGCUCAAGGUUACAGGAGCUCAAGGCACUCAUCCCUGGAAAACUUAUGUUUGGUUUCUUAAAUCAGAAUGA